AUGUUAUCUCCUGCAGGUGCACUGAACGGUGACAAGGUUUUCGGGCGCACGAGACAUGAAGAUGAACAAUCCGUCCAGGCAAAAUGUGAUCUGUUGUCCUUCAGUGUUGAGGCGCUUAUGUCCAAUAACAAAACGAAAACUGCGUAUGACCACUGCGUAAAAGUGACCUCCUCAUCGGCCACGUGUCCCUUGCGUAAGCACAAGACGAACCGUAAGCCGCGUACCCCCUUCACCACCUCGCAGCUGCUGGCGCUGGAGCAGAAGUUCUGCCAGAAGCAGUACCUGUCCAUCGCCGAGCGCGCUCAGUUCUCCACCUCCCUCAGCCUCACAGAGACACAGGUGAAGAUCUGGUUCCAGAACAGACGUGCCAAGGCCAAACGACUGCAGGAGGCGGAGCUGGAGAAGUUGAAGCUGGCCACUGUAGCCAAGCCCCUGCUGGCCCCGCCCCCGCCCGGGUUCAAAUACUCCUUCCCCCUCAGCCUGUGUGUCUCCGAGACCGAGGAAUGCCAAAAACAAACGCGGCUUCUGGGCUUUCCCUCCCCCGUCUCUCCUAUGGACUUCUAUGCAGCACAUUUCGGAUACAUACACCACACACUGUAA